AGAUAGUCGCGUUUCAAACAGAUAACAAGCAUGUGGUCGAUGUUGGUUUUAUUUAUUGGAAUUUCUGCGAAAAUUAUUGGUAGUUUCUUAUUAUUUUGCUUUUUGUUUUUGAUUGGAUUUCGGUUUUGGCUCGAACCAUUCAAAGGCAUUUGUAAGUGUAAAACAAAACUGCAUGGAAAAAUAGCCCUUAUUACCGGCGGUAAUUCCGGUAUAGGAUUCGAAACGGCCAAAGAUUUAGCUAGAAGAGGAGCUAAAGUCAUAAUCGCAAGUAGAGAUGUUGAAAAAUCAGAAGAAGCCGUUGCAAAUAUUAUAGCAACUACCGGAAACGAAUCUGUUGAGCACAGAUUUUUAAAUUUGCUAAAGAAAGACAGCAUAGAGGCGUUUGCAAAGGAUUUCAAUAAAGAAUUCCAUCGUUUAGAUAUUCUGGUCAACAAUGCUGGUAUUGGAACUAUCAAGAAACAAAAAACGGAAGAUGGAAUUGAUAAGCUAAUGCAAAUAAAUUAUCUUGGGCCUUUUACACUUACACACUUGUUGCUGGAUAAGCUGAUUGCCUCGAAGCCAAGUCGAAUAGUUAAUGUGUCUUCAUAUCUCCAUAAAAUGGCAAAGUUCGAUUUUCAAAAUUUAACUGACGUAUUCGCGCUGGCAGACAACACAGAUAGUUUUUAUAAUCAAAUGGUUCGAUAUGGAAAUACUAAACUCUGCGAUAUACUGUGGACUGUGGCAUUAGCCAAGAAACUUCCCAGCGGUGUUACAGCUAAUGUUCUUCAUCCGGGUUUAGUCAAAACGAACAUUUUCAAUAAUUUCAAUCCACAUGUUAAGGGAGUUCUCUUCCUUAUCAUAGAUUUGCUAUACAAGACGCCAUUAGAAGGCGCUCAGACGAUAAUACAUUUGUGCGUCUCGCCGAAACUGGACAACGAGACAGGAAGCUAUUAUAUGGAUUGCAAAAAAGUAAGUCCGUCGAAAGCAGCCGAAGAUGAAGACCUUGCGGAAAGACUAUGGCAUAAAACUUUGUCACUAAUAAAACAAUGACUUCUAUCCUCAUAAUGUAUUUACCCAAGUAAUUAAAUCAAGGCAUUUAAAUAUAUUUUUUAAAUCGUGUGUAUAAAGAGUACGUAUUUUUUUGUAUUAAAAAUUAUAUAAAACGUAAUUUAUUACCUAUAAAACUUUUUUUAUGAUAAAAUGUAUUACCUACUUACUAUAUUUUU